AUGGAGAAAGUUAAUGCCGUGAAUGAUUUGCGAACGAUCGUAUUGAUUUCAAAAACAAAUGGUCGUUACGAGGUUCCCAGGGCCUCAUUACUGCGGACCAGCGAUUAUUACCAAGCGCUGGUCAAUAGUGGAAUGAGAGAUGCACACCUCGAUGAACUUACAUUGGGAUAUCUUUCCGAUGCCUGCUUGCAAGAAGUUAGAGAGUUCUUAUCAAAAUUUCAAUGCAACAAGGAAGUAAUUGAAGAUAAGCCUGAAAAAAUGAAACAAUUGGAAAAUGUAGAAGAAGGUUUGAUAGGUGCGUCCUAUUUGCAAAUUAAUGGCAUGACGAGUUUAUAUCUCGAAUAUCUUUUGAAACAUUUGAAUGAAUCUUUGUAUACACGUUUUUGGGGUUUGGCAAAAGUUUAUGCUAUAGUUGAGAUGACUGAAAUAAUUUUUGAUUUUGCUCUGAAAAACUUCAAAAAAAUUGCAAAAUGUUCCGAAAUUAUGCCAUUUGAUGUUUUGCUCCAUUUGGUUAAAUCAGAGCUUGUCAAUUCAGACAGUGAGUUUGAUAUUUUUAAAUUUAUCAUUGAUUGGAUUUCUGCUGACUAUUCAAGAAGACCAUAUGCAGAAAAAUUAUUAAGAGAAGUCAGGUUCAACAUGAUGUCAACUACAGAAAUACAAAAAAGUGCUAAACUACUCAGAAAAAGGAAAUUAAACUUUUUACAAACUAGAAGAAUUGGAAAUCGUUAUCGAAGUGUCGGCACGUUAUUUGCUCUUGUGAGAAAUUAUAAAGAGUACAGAAGUUAUAAUGAGUGUUGCUCACUGUCCGUGUAUGAUUUUAUUAGAACUUGCAACAAUAGAAAAAGCGUAACCCCACCUGUCGUCGAGUUCAACCAUUCUGACGGGUCAGGUCCACCUUCCUUUUACAGCGGUUGUACGUUGUGCGUUCUCAAUAACCGACUGUAUAUGGGUGGCGGAUAUGUCAGAAGUGUAAAAACUUUCUCUUACGAUUUGACAUUUUCUAAAUGGUCGAAGUUGUCUGACAUGAACGUUGCGAGAUGUAAGUUUUAUUUUGGAAAUAUAGGCGAACACUUGUACGCCGUUGCUGGUUCUUACAGUUACAAAAAAGGGGCAGUUGAAAAGUACAUUCCAGAGGAAAACAGAUGGUGCAUGUUGGCUCCUUUGCCAGUCGCUACUACUGAUCUGGCAGGCUGUGUGCAUAACGGGAUGUUAUAUGUUAGUGGAGGAAUCAAUUAUCGUGGUAUCAAAUCAGAGAAGCGAGUGUGGCAGUAUGAUCCUACAUCUGACAGUUGGACGGAACAGCCUCCAAUGCUGGAAAGACGUCAUGGGCACGUUAUGGUCAAUGCUGGAGGCGUAUUCUUUGUGGUUGGUGGUGGGCUUGGAGAUAAUUUGAUGAACGGGGAGAUGUUUGAUUUUGAAACUCGUCAGUGGUCAUAUGUGAUAAAGUUGAAGUUUCCUGUGAUGCAAUCUCCAUCCAUCCUUAUCAACAACUGCCUUUAUAUUUUUGCAGAGCAUUUUACCAGCUUCAGUAGUAAUGAAAUUUUUGUUCAAAAAAUCGACUUGAGCAAGUAUCUGAAAGACGAGGGGUCAUCAUCAUCGUCAUCAUCAAAUGCAUCACGCUCGUUGCCUCCUCAAGCUAUCACAGCUGAUGAUUAUGCAACGAAUAAUAAACGAAAAAGGUUAGCAUCUGAUGACGAUGAUGAUGAUGAUAAUUUAAUAAACAUUAACCGUAAAAAAUUAAAAACUGAUAAUGACACUGCUAAUUUUGAUAGUAGCAUUGAUGGUUCCGACGACGAUCGUGACGAUACUGAUGAUGAAGAUGAUGACGGUUUUGUAACCGUUAAUGAAGACGAUGAUAACGAUCAUGUCUUUGAUCAUAUCUUUGCUUCUAGGAGCGACAAUAGUGGUGACGGUGACAGAGGAAAAGAAUUUAGUAUCAAUCACACCAUUAACUUUCCCAGUAAAGACAACAGUGUUGUUGUUGUCGAUAAAAGUGUUGUUGUUGUCGAUAAACCGGCUGAUGUCAUUGAUAACGUCAUUAGCGAUGAUUUCAGUGAUAAAGAGGAUACUGCUUACGAUGAUGUUGAUGAUUAUGAAUCUGAUAAGGAUUUAGCUAGCGCGUAUGACAAAUAUUUUUUCAAGGUUGAUUUCAAUGUUGGUAACGAUGACGAUUGCCAGGUUUAUAAGUGCAAGGCUUUUGGCGAAUUUUCAAGCAUCUGCUGGGUCGGCAUUGUCAACGUGCCAGUGGAUGUUUGCAAACAUUGUCAAUCGGGUGAGCGUUAG